AUGACACCACCUGCGAACCGACUCUACCAGAUUCAAAGACAAAAAGUCCCAAGUAUGUUGAAUCAAGCUGUGACUUCAGCCAUCGAGGCCCCUUCUGCCAAGGAGGAGUCUCACGAGGAGACUAAAGAAAUCCAGGAUGGAGUCCGUAUUGCAGAAGCUGUCACCAUGUCGUGGUCCAAAAGGUCGUUGAUUAUGGUGUAUAUCUGCAUGUGGUUGAUAUAUUUUGUACGGGCACUGAAUGGAAACUUGACAAGGAAUCUGUCUCCGUAUAUCACCAGUGAUUUCCAAGGCCAUUCGCUACUUACCGUGAUUGAUAUCAUCACCAGUAUUAUGAGCGCAGCCUGCACGAUGCCGAUCGCGAAAAUUCUGAAUCUUUGGGAUCGGGUGAUUGCAUUAGCUUCCAUGCUGUUGAUCGCUAUCAUUGGCCUUAUACUUAUGGCAUGCUGCCAUGAUAUCACCACCUAUUGCGUGGCUCAGGCGUUUGUGACUGUGGGAUUUACUGGCCUGAUCUUCUGCAUAGACGUGUUGACUGCGGACACGUCAACUGUGCAGGAUCGUGCGCUCGCAUUCGCCUUCACCUCGUCUCCAUACAUCAUCAUGGCCUUUGCAGGUGCUCCACUCUCCGAGUCUUUUAACAAGACCAAUUGGCGCUGGGCUUAUGGCACGAUUUCCAUCAUUCUACCGACUGUCACCGUACCACUCAUCAUCGUUUGGUGGCUCGCCAAAAAGAACGCGCAGAAAGAAAACCCGAUAAUUCUCACCUCCGAGCGACGCUCCUGGAUAGAGCACAUCAGGUGGUUCAUCAUCGAGUUCGACAUGAUCGGUAUCUUCCUCCUCAUCGCCGGAUUCUCUCUCUUUCUGUUGGCAUUCGUCCUGGCAGGGUCCCAGGCAGGUACGUGGCACUCCACAAAGAUCAUAUGCAUGAUAGUCAUCGGCGGUGUCACGAUCGGAGUCUUUGUCUGCUACGAACGAUUCCUGGCUACAAAGCCCUUCAUUCCCUACCAUCUCCUCGUAUCCCGGACCAUAAUCGGCACCUGCCUCCUGAACUUCACCUAUAUCAUCGCUGCCAGCUGCUGGGACGCAUACUUCACCUCCUUCCUGCAGGUAGUCUACAACACAACCCUCAUGCAGGCCGGCUACGUGACCGCCAUCGCAAACCUGAUCUCCCCCCUCUGGCUCAUCGGCGUCGGCUGGCUCGUCCGUAUCACCGGCCGCUUCAAGUGGCUACUCCUAUGCGCAAUUCCCGUCUACAUGCUCGCCAUCGGACUGAUGAUCCAUUUCCGCAGCCCCGGCUACAGCAUCGGGUUUAUGUGCAUGUGCGAAGUGUUCCUCGGCUUCGGCACAGGUACGAUCAUUGCGCUGGAGCAGACGGCUGUCCUCGCAGCAUCGGAGCACGAGAACUAUGCGUCGGUGCUGGCGGUGCUGGGGCUCAGCGGGAGUAUUGGCGGUGCGAUCGGAAGCAGCAUAUCCGGCGCGAUCUGGACGAACACACUGCCCAAUAAGCUGAAGGAAUAUCUGCCUGAGGAGACGAAGUCGCAGUGGUACGAGAUUUAUGAGUCGUUGUCUGUGCAGCUGAGCUUUGAGGUGGGAACCCCGACAAGGAACGCGAUUGAGCGGGCGUAUGCUCUUGCUCAGCGGAAUAUGCUGAUCGCGGGUGUGUCGAUUAUGGCUAUCACGAUUGCUUGGGUGCUUUUGAUUAAGGAUAUUAGGGUUAAGGGAAGGACAGAUACGAAGGGGUUGCUUUUUUAG